GUUGAUCAGGUAUUUGGUUCAACUUCAGCUGAAUCCCCCGCGGCUCAGUCGCGGCCAUUUUUUUAUCUUUUUUAUUCGGAUCUCUUAUAGAGCUGUGGAAAGGAAGACUGUAGAUUUGGAUAAAAACUACAUUUCGUAACCAAACAAUUCUGCCUUAAUAGCGGGAAUGUCUUCGUCAUCGAAUUGUCGAAUUUGUUAUAUUAGUCAUUUUUACUACUUAUGAGUGUCUUACAUUUGGAGCUAUACCUGCAUGUUUAGAACAAUAACAGUCGAUUAAGAACUACUUCCGAGUCUUGCAACAUUUGCAACCAUGAAGCUUGUACGGUUUCUGAUGAAGUUGAACAACGAAACAGUCAACAUUGAACUCAAGAAUGGAACUGUAGUGCAUGGGACCAUUACAGGGGUUGACAUAAGCAUGAACACACACCUGAAGACAGUGAAACUGACGCUCAAGGGGAAAGCUCCUGUAACACUCGAUCAUCUCAGUGUCAGGGGCAAUAAUAUUCGGUACUAUAUUUUGCCUGAUAGCUUGAACCUGGAAGCGCUGCUGGUGGAAGAUACACCAAGAAUCAAGCCAAAGAAGACAACUGCUGGCAAACCUAUUGGUCGUGGGCGUGGACGAGGAAGGGGCCGUGGCCGUGGUCGUGGGCGGUAAAUUGUAUAUAUAUAUUUGAGAGUUUCAAUGUAGUACUUGGUUGUACAAAAUUAUUGCAAACACUUUUGAAGCUAAUCUGUAGCACUCUACGUUGCUGUCUGAGUAUUUUCUUCGGGUGUGGAAAUUUCUGUGAAUUGAGGUUUUACUUGGGGCUACUUUCUUGGUCCUUAGAUCACCAUGAUGAGUUGAGGUUUCUUGCAUGCUGUUACUAUUUUUUUGAGAGGCAAUUUUCUUGUGAUGACAAUGUUUUAUGCUGCCAUUUUUUGCUAAAAUGAAGUCUCAAAAGUUACAAUACUCGCACAUGAGGGUGUUAUUUUGUGGAGUUGACUUGGUUUGUUAAGAAAUGGUAGGCCUUGUAUGCUUUCUUCUCA